GGCCGAAGGGCAGCACGGCUGCGGGAGCUGCCUGUGCACCCGCAUUUUUCGCUCCCUUUUAUUUUCCCCAAAAUCAAACCCAGGUCUGUCCCUUCUGCGGCUUCAGCGAUGCUGCCGGGGAAAGCGGAGAAGAGGAUCGCUUCAUCAGUCUUCAUCACCCUGGUGCCACCGCGGAGGGAGGCGGCCACCAAGGAGCAAACCCAAAGGGAGCUGCAGCCGGAUGGUGCUGAGGUCCCCGGCACCCGUCGUCCCCGGACCCCACCGCUGCAGCCCCCCGUGUUGCCCAAUGGAGAAAUCCGCCCAGGGAACCCAGUGCCUUUGUCCCCGCCAGUCCUUGUCCUCUCCGAAGCGCCCCAGCCCUUGUCUGCGGAGGCGCUGGGUCCAGCGCUGCAGCAACUGGAUCUGGCAGCACCCGCUGCCCUCCAGGCCCCUUCCGCCUUCCCUGCCGAAUUGAGGCCACCCAAAUUUUGCCAGGAGCAAGCAGGCAAGCCACGGUGGCAGGAUGCAAAUGGGCACCCAGAGAGGGAUGGCUCCAGAGACAUCUGCGCCUUUUGCCACAAAGCAGUGGGGCCGCGGGAGCCGACAGUGGAGGCGAUGCGGAAGCAGUACCAUGCUGACUGCUUCACCUGCCGGACGUGCCACCGGCUCCUGGCCGGUCAGCGCUACUACCAAAAAGACGGGCGCCCCACGUGCGACGCCUGCUACCAGGCCACGCUGGAGAAAUGCGCCAAGUGCCAGGGGCUGAUCACAGAGCGCAUCGUCCGUGCCCUGGGCAAGGGCUACCACCCCGGCUGCUUCUCCUGUGCCGCCUGCGGCCGGGCCAUCGGUGCCGAGAGCUUCGCCGUGGAUGAACACAAUGAGGUGUACUGCGUGGCCGACUUCUACAGGAAAUACGCCACGGUUUGCAGCGCCUGCGAGCACCCCAUCAUCCCCCGUGAGGACAAAGACACCUACAAGAUCGAGUGCCUGGGACGCAGUUUCCAUGAGAGCUGCUACCGCUGCGAGAGCUGCGGGACGCCCCUGUCACCGGAGCCGACAGAGAAUGGGUGCUACCCUCUGGACAACCACCUCUUCUGCAAGUCCUGCCAUGUCCGCCAGCGAAACGAGUCGUCCUGCUAAAACGCUGGGGCUCAACCUCCGUCUUCCAGCGCUGGACACCAAAAAGGGGGUGCAAUCACCGGACUGCACCCUGCGGCCGGCCCCGGGUGCCCGCUGCACCCCCAAAUAGCUGCAGGACUGGAGUUUUCGUCACCGAGAUGUACCCAGGACUCCGACCCGCUGGGCUGGCCAGGCGGAGAAGCGCAGAUACAGUGUCCUGGCAUGGCUCUGUGCUCGUUAUGAGCGUAAAAAGCCCUGGCAGAGCAGCGGUGGUGGAGGAGCUGAGGUUUUGUUCACUUAUUUCUUUUUUUAAACUCCUUUUCCAAGGCCGGUUUGGUUUCCUUGGGUGUUUUUUCUUUCUUCUUGAGCUUCUUUGGGGUUUCACUUAAACAUUUCUCUCUGCGGUGAUGCAGAGAGCGGGCACUGAUUUAGUUAAUUGCAGUUAAA